UGUUUACCUCUCUUACAUUCAUAAUGUUUUCAGCCAUUCAUAACAUUUAAUCUUAGGGUAUUUCGUUAUAAAUUAAUAUAGUUGAGUAAAAAGUUGAUAUAACGUAAAGUUAGAAACAAUUGUAUCUUGAAACCUAAAAUUUGUGGUAACAGACGUCAGCAUCUCAAUGGUUGGCAGACGACGGGAACAGUUGUCGUCGUGUAAGUCGUGUUUGUUUUGUUGUGUAUCUGAACAUUCCUGUCCGUCAAAGAAAAAGCAAAAGUCAGCAGCCUCAGAAAAACGCACCGGAGCAGUUCUAAAAACCCGUACCAACAAUGGUGACCUAUACGAGGAUACGAUGUUGCUGGUCAAAGACCAACCACUGCCGACAAGGAAACGUGGCAGACCAAAGAAAGUAGUAACGCAGAUCUCUCCGGUAGUAAGGAGUACUCCGGAGGUAAUAUAUGUGCCAUCGGUGCGAGAUGACAGACGCUAUGUGCCGUUUGUGACAAGUGUGAACAGAGCGUGUCCUGGGCCACUCCCUGGCCAGAUCCGACACACUAUCCGUUGUGUCAUACAGCCCACGUCUACUGCUGUCACCAGACCUUUGCAGCCACCUAGACCAAAGCAUAAGGAUGACAGAAUCGACUGGCCUGGCGACCUGAAGGAGUUGGUGGACACGUGGGACAAUCUGCCAGAGAGCAACACCAGAGAUGUGGUUAAGUGGUUACAGACCUCAUUGCAGCACCAAGGCUACCCCCACAUGGUGCGAAAUAUCCACCACAUGAUGUGUGAGUGGGACGAGUCCCUUGAAAACAAGAUCCAUCAGAUUGGCAGUUGGUGGCUUGGGAGUCCAGCGCCACCUUCGACCUCAGUGACUCCAGCAGUUCCAACGUUACCCAAGGUAGUGGUAGAGGCACAGCCAAACCCCCACCAGCUCUGCUCCCAGUGGUCAUCCAUGGCAGACAAUGAUGGGAAACAACAGCCAUAAGCUUGUGCUUUUAAUAUUUAUAACUUAUCUGUGAUUGUUGUCUAGAGUUCCUAUACUGUUGUUACAAAAUAUAUUAUGUUGUGAUCUGCAAUAACAUCAAAUGUUUCCAGAUCAGUUAUACUAUUAGAAACGAUAAUAUGUAAGACAAAUCUUGAUGGUUGUUAUUGCUAAAGGAAUUAAGUUAUAGCAUGCAUGACAACUAUUUAUUAAUUUGUUCCAAACUCAAAAUUUAUUGUAAAGGAUUCAAUUUGUUUUGUUUUGAUAAAAAAUGUCAGGUUUUGUUAUUUUGUAAAACUAUAGCUUAGAAUGGAGUAAAGACUGAUCUUUAGUAGUUAAUUAGACCAGUAAAAUAAUAUGUUUAAUUUUGUUUACUUUGUUCUCUUAAUAAAGUUGAUAAUAAUAAUGAUAAUUUGACCUUGUUUUUAUCACAUAGUUGUGUUCAAUUGAUGUAUCUGUAAUACAACCCAAGUUGUUAUAUGUGUGGUGAAUUAUAGAUGUUAUGUUCCAAACCUU